AUGCCGACACGCGGCGCUGGACGUGAGUGGGACGCCGCGCCACCACCGCUGCCGGGACGUUCACGCAUACCAGAGACAAGACUGCAUCGCCCAAGGCGUCUACGGCGUUGUUUCCGCGCCAUCGAGGAGGCCUCACACGAGGUGUUUGCGCUAAAGCACAUCAAGAAACAGUGGCUGCAAGAAUCGCAGAUCGGCUUCCCACCCUACUUGCUGAGGAGACAAAGAGAAAAAAAGGAGGAUGAGAAGAGGAGGAAGGAAAAAGCAGCAGCAGCAGCAGCAGCACAGCAGCAGCUGCCGCCGUCGCCGCCGCCGCCACCAGCACCAUUGGCGGUGGGGAUGCAUCGGAGCAGCGCAAAGGACGUCUAUUUAGUGAUGGAAUAUUGCCCUUUUGACUUGAAGAACUACAUGCUGCGCUACAGCGCCGUGGCGCCUCACCAGCCGUACCUGCAUGUCACCUCGCGGAGUCACGGGUGCAGAGCGGUUGAGGAGAACUUCCUCUCGCGUGUCAAGUGCGUCAUGCUUCAGCUCUUCCGUGGACUGGCCUUCCUUCACGCCCACCGCGUCCUCCACCGGGACAUUAAAACCUCAAACGUGCUUUUAAAUGAACAGGGCGUCGUGAAGCUGUGCGACUUCGGCCUCGGCCGGCACUACCGCGAGGGACAGCUGACCCCCACCGUCGUGACGCUCAUGUACCGCGCCCCCGAACUACACCUCGGGGUCACAGAUUACUCACACACGAUGGACGUGUGGUCCAUGGGCUGUGUUGCGGCGGAGUUGUUCCUGAAGGCCCCGCUCUUUCGUGCGGCGGAGGAGAACCAGCACCUGCUCGCCGUGUGCGAUGUGCUGGGCAUUCCUGACGAGGAGCGCUUUCCUGGUGUCUACAAGCUGCCGAGGGCGAGGGAGGCGCUGAAGGCAAUCGGACGCUGGAACCGAGAGAACCGCCUUGGCGAGGUCUUUUAUGAUGUGGCGGAUCACGGGGUGGACGGCAACCGCAGCGGGUCGCGCAGUAGCCCGCGGAAGACCCCGUGCUACGACGCCCACCUGCUGCCGAAGAGCGGUCUCGACCUCUUCCAGGCCAUCUUCUCGUGGAACCCGGCCGACCGGCCCUCCGCCGCGGAGGUUCUCGAGCAUCCCUUCUUUCGCGAGGCGCCGCUGCCGUGCGAGCCGCAGGAGCUGAUGCGUCCGAUGCCUAGCGUGGAGGAGGGAGCACCCGCACCCUUUCUCCACGACCGCCGCCGCCGCCAUCGCCUGCGGCUGUCCGGUCAGCAACCCCGCGGCUCUGCCCCAUCCUGCGCUCGGUGCGACACAGCGUCGAUCCGGUGGGUCUGUCCCUCCCCCGCUAGCUCACGUGAAGGACAUCGCAGAGUGCAACGGAGACACCACCGUCACCACCACCACCACCACGACGACAACCGCGGAGGUAUCGUCGCAGGGAGAGAAAAGGAAGAGCGAGGCGGCCUUGCGGUCACCUGCGCCCAACUCGAACCGCUUCACCGGCAACGUCAAGAGCGACGAAGGCGAAGGCGAAAGGAGGAGGAGGAGGAGGCCAGCCUCACGUACUCUAACGCCAUGUCCCCCGUUAACAGCGCGAACGAUCGGGCAGCGGUAGAGAAGGGGAGCAGUGAGCAUUUGGGCAAACACGAGCCGCGAAGGAACGUUGCGGUCAAUGAGGAGGAGGACCAUGUAGCCUCCGUGAUGGAUACAGAGGCCAUUUGGCAAGCAAAGCAGCGUUCACAACUGCUGAUGGAUCGCGAUCCUGACGAAUAG